AUGCCUUACCACCCGCAGGCCUCCUACGGCGACCCAAACGACAGUCGACAGUGGCACGGCUCGCGGGAACACCUCGCGCACCAGCAGCACCAGCAGCACCAGCAGCACCAGCAGCACGCCUACCCGCCCAACUACCAGUACGAACUGCCCCCCAACCAGCCCGCCUUCCACCCGGCCGCCCAUCCAGAUAGCGCCUACCACCGGCUGAGGAGCGAGCGACAGCAUGGCGACGAGUAUCCCGCCAGCAUGCCGAAUCACUCGGCCGCCUCGCCUCAGUCGUUUUCGCGCGGCCAGCGGCCCCAUCCGCCCGUCGCGCAGCCCCUAGGACGGUCGCACACCAGCCACACCGAUUCCACCGUGUCGCCGGGAGCCGAUAACCUGGGCCCCAUGUCUGCCGGCGGUGGCAUCAGCGGCAUCGCCGCCGGAAUCGCCCACACCCACGAGCGCCAGAGCGGGCUGGACGCGUCGCGGGGACACGGCCCCUACAGCCCGCCCGAUCAGGCUUACUACCCGCACGAGCAUGCCGCGAUGGACGGCGUGCCCAUGGCAAGGACGCCGGCGUCGUAUUCGUCCAAUGUCCCGCUGAAUCCUGGGAUGGAAGGGAGCGGACGCUACUCACCGGGCGGCGGCAUGACUCCGUCGGACCGGAGCCUGAACAAUGGCAAUGGACAGUAUAACCAGCACUAUGACGGGCUCAACGGGACCUACAGUGAUCCGUACCACCGUCAGCGCACCUCAUGGCAGCCGAUGAACGAGCCCAUCAACCCCAACGACAUUGUCGACGACGGCGACGAUGGGUUUAUUCCGGAUCCAAAGCGAAAGUCGGUGCUUAGUACACUCGGGAAGAACUCGAGCCAUCAGAGCCUCUCGAAUGGCGGGGGUGCCGCUGGAGCUGCCGGUGCUGGCGCUGUAGGCGCUCUCGCCAGCCGCGUCGCCGGCCAGACGAGCGGUAGUCCCGACGGUGGGCCAUCGUACAACGCCGUUCCCGACGAGAAGAGCGAAUGGCUGGUUGAGCAAAAGGCGAGCAAGAAGAAGCUCAAGUGGACGAUUGGUAUCGUCAUUCUGCUCCUCAUAGUCGGAGGUAUCGCCGGUGGAGUUGCGGGCGGGUUGUUGGCAUCCAAGAACAAGUCAAGCUCGCCGUCUGGCGGCACGAGAGGUGGAGGUGGUCAAUCAGCCGACGAGGACGAGAGGAUGAAUGGUGACCUGGGCAAGGACUCGGACGAGAUCAAGGCGCUCAUGAACAACCCCAAUUUGCACAGAGUCUUCCCUGGGAUGGAUUACACCCCCUGGGGCACGCAGCACCCGCUCUGCUUGAAAUACCCUCCCAGCCAGAACAACGUUACGCGGGACGUCGCAGUGCUCUCGCAGCUUACAAACACGCUACGACUCUACGGCACAGACUGCAACCAGACGGAGAUGGUCCUCCACGCCAUCGACAGACUCGGACUCAAGGAUAUGAAGCUCUGGGUCGGCGUCUGGAUCGACCACCAGAAUCUCACCACCAACGACCGGCAGUUGGAGCAGAUGUACAAGAUCGUCAAAGAGAGAAAGGACAAAUCCGUCUUCAAAGGCGUCGUGGUUGGCAACGAGGUGCUCUUCCGCGGCAAGAAGUCCCCCGCGACCCUGAAGCUCCUGGGUGACUACAUCGAUGGCGUCAAGUCCAACCUCACCAAGAUGAGCAUCGAUGUCCCCGUUACAACGUCAGAUCUGGGGGACGCCUGGACGGCGGAACUCGCCGACAUCGCGGACAUUGUCAUGGCCAAUGUACAUCCGUUCUUCGGCAAAGUUCCCGUCGAGGAGGCGGCGGGCUGGACGUAUGAAUUUUGGAAGAACAAGGACGCCGUGGUGACCGGGGGCAAGAAGAAGAGCGUGAUCUCUGAAGUCGGCUGGCCUAGCGGUGGCGGGAGCAACUGCGGGGAGCUGCCGUGCACGGAUUCGGAAUCCGGUUCGGUGGCGGGUGUCAAGGAGAUGAAUAAGUUCAUGGACGAUUGGGUGUGCCAGGCGCUUAAGAAUGGGACGGACUACUUCUGGUUCGAAGCGUUCGACGAGCCCUGGAAAAUCGAGUAUAACGAACCCGGCAAAGAAUGGGAAGACAAAUGGGGCCUCAUGGACCCCGGACGGGUUCUGAAGCCUGGCCUCAAGAUCCCAGACUGCGGGGGCAAGACCAUAUCCUGA